UGGACGAAAUGGCCUCGGAGCUGGCGGUGCGCGAGCGGCUGCGGCGCGCGGGCCAGGAGCACCUCCUGCGCUUCUGCGCCGAGCUGGCGCCGGGGCCGCGCGCCGCGCUGCUGGCCGAGCUGGCGCCGCUGGAGCCCGACGCGCUGCGCGAGCACUGCCGGCGCGCGGCCGCGUUCCGCGCGCGACCCCCGGGCCCGCCGGCCGGCCUGGCCGCGCGCCUGCAGCCGCUGCCCGCUGAACGCGUGGGCAGCGCCCCCCGCGGCGACCCCGACGCGCGGCGCCGGUGGGAGGAGGAAGGUUUCCACCAGAUCGCUCUGGGCAAGGUGGCCGUGCUGCUGCUGGCCGGUGGGCAGGGCACGCGCCUGGGCGUGUCCUACCCCAAGGGCAUGUACCAGGUGGGGCUGCCCAGCCAGAAAACCCUGUACCAGCUGCAGGCCGAGAGGAUCCGGCGGGUGGAGCAGCUGGCUGGCCAACGCUACGGGACGCGCUGCGUCGUGCCUUGGUACAUCAUGACAAGUGAGUUCACGCUCCGGCCCACAGCCGAGUUCUUCCAGGAACACGACUUCUUCCACCUGGACCCCAAGAACGUCAUCAUGUUCGAGCAGCGCAUGCUGCCUGCCGUGGGCUUCGAUGGCAGGGCCAUCCUGGAACGGAAGGACAAGGUUGCCAUGGCACCAGACGGCAACGGGGGUCUGUACUGCGCGCUGGCAGACCAUCAGAUCCUGGAGGACAUGGAGCGCCGUGGGGUGGAGUUUGUGCAUGUCUACUGUGUGGACAACAUCCUGGUGCGGCUGGCUGACCCGCUGUUCAUUGGCUUCUGCGUGUGCCAGGCGGCCGACUGUGGGACCAAGGUGGUGCAGAAAGCGUACCCCGAGGAGCCCGUGGGCGUGGUGUGCCAGGUGGACGGCGUGCCCCAGGUGGUGGAGUACAGCGAGAUGGACCUGGAGGCCAUGCGGCUGCGUGGGCCGGACGGGGACCUGCUGUUUGGCGCGGGCAACAUCUGUAACCACUUCUUCACCAGGGCCUUCCUCCAGAGGGUCACCAGGGAGUGUGAGCCGCUGCUGCAGCCACACGUGGCUGUCAAGAAGGUCCCGUACGUGGACGAGGAGGGGAACCCGGUCAAGCCGCUUGAGCCCAACGGAAUCAAGAUGGAGAAGUUUGUGUUUGACGUGUUCCAGUUUGCCACGAACUUCGUGGCCUUCGAGGUGCAAAGGGAGGAGGAGUUUUCUCCACUGAAGAACGGGGACUCUGCCGCCAGAGACUCCCCGGCCACGGCCCGCCGGGCCCUGCUGUGGCAGCACUAUCGUUGGGCCCUCCAGGCGGGGGCCCGCUUUCUCGACACACAUGGGGCCCCGCUUCCAGAGCAGCCCAGCCUGCUGGACGGAGAGGAACCGCCGGCCAUCUGUGAGAUCUCACCCCUGGUGUCCUGCUCUGGAGAGGGACUGGAGAUGUAUCUGCGCGGCCGGGAGUUCCGGUCGCCCCUCAUCCUGGAUGAGAAGAAAGCCAGGGCACUACAGCUGUGACCAGCCACCCUCUGCCUGCACUGGACACGGGACGACUUCGUCCACUCACAGAAAGACGCGGUCCAAAGGGCUGCCUUCUUCCCGGCAGAGCCCCAGCCCGCAAGACACGGGCUGGCCCGUGGCCGCCUUGCUUCCACCUUAUCCUGGUCUGCGCCUCUGCAGGAAGGGUGGAGCAGAGCGGAGGCUCUGGGGCUUGCCCGCCGGCAGCUCUACCCUGUCCCGUGUCCCUUGGUGGGAAGAUCGCCCGCUCUCUUAAGGGUCCUCUUCUCAGGUUCCCUCCUGCCACUCUCCCGCAAUGCCUCCUCCUCACCCCAGCACUGGGGGGCGCUGUGCAGACCCUGCCCAAGACUCCAGCCUUCUUGGGGGUGGCCAGGUCCAGCCCAGUGCGGGAGCGCUGGCAGGGCCUGGCUGCAUCAUUCCUCUUGGUGCCCACACGCCAGCAGCAGACACUGCUCUGUGGGCCUGUCCCCACCGCAGACACUCCUUCCCUUACCCCGUGUGGGGCUUGUGAAAGCUCAACAGGAUGGUCGCCACCGUGAAGGUGGGGUUCCCAAUAAACAAGUGCUCUGACAUUUA